AGUCUUUAGACGAUCACGCUGUCAACAAUAAGAGUUAGAUCCGUUCCGGGGCCGCCCCCCACAACAAUUAGACACACCUCGCCAUUUGCGACCGAGAUAACAGGUGUCUGGUCUACGCUCACACUGGUCUAAAACUGUUUGUUUUCCUCAAGCAGACCGUGCAUAAAACAUAUAAUUACUAUAAUCGCAGCCUGUUAACGCCGUAAAUACUUGCAUUGGCCUUUUCGUGCUGUCCCUCUCUCCCUCUCUCUCUCUCUCUCUCUCCCUCUCUCUCUUCACCAGUGAGCCAGCAUGUCUCGAUCAUCCAGCCCUGAUGCCCACUGGGAUCGACUAGAGUCCUGGCUGAGUGCCAGAACUGGUACACUUCUGUCUGAAGCAGCCGGCGGCCUGCAGCACCUGAGCCGGGAACAGCUCGACGACAACCUGAGCGCCCUGAUGUCCCAUGAGCCGACACAGGACUACAGCCACAUAGAUCUCACCAAGAUCAUCGGGCCCCUCGCCCACAACCUCCUCGCUCAGGCAAAGCUGGGAGAAACAAGCAUCUCCCGCAUGGAACAGGAAGCAGCAGCGCUGAAGCUCCAGGCUGAGGAGGUUCAGAGAAACCUGGUGCUUGCUCAAAGUCAACUGGACCAGCUAACGUCGGAGACUCAGCACCAGCACAGGACGGCGGAUGAAAAGGACCCAGAGCUGCAGGAGGAAGUAGAGAGACUCCAGAAAGCUUUAACUGAUCUCCGUGUAGACACAACACGCCGAGAGCAGUGGGAGAAAGACACCAGAGAGGAACUAAGUGAAAAACUUCAGCGAGCCGAGGCUCUCCUGAUGAGAGCAGAGACUGAACUCAAAGAGAGAGAUGCUAGGGCCAAGGCCAGCGAAGGCCACCUGCAAAGUUCACGGGCUGAAGUCAGUGCCUUGGUCCAACAAAGAGACUAUUUAAAAGACGAACUUGAUACGGUUCACCGAGAGCUUAAAUAUGCAUAUAGACUGCAAAGUGACUCGGAAAGGGAAAUGCACACCACAGAAUUUCCCCUAACCAGCAGAUUGAUACCAGCUAGGCAAGGGUUUCCAGUUCGAAAGGGGGGUGAGAGCCCACUGCUCAAGACAUCACCUGCCAGCAUCCCUGAACCCCCAGCAGCAGAAAGGGGCUGGGAGCCUUUUCAAAGGCUGUCUUCCAGGCACGGCGUGUCACCUAAAGAAUUGGAUAAGCUGGCUAGAAACAUUCCCACUUUCACUCCAAACCCUGCAGGGGGCCACGAUGUGCACGCCUACUUAAAAGACAUUGACUUUCACUUGCAAACUGUUGCCAAUGUUACCACAAGAGACAGACUCUAUCUGCUCCGAAUCACCGCCAGCCGUGAGGUGAGGAGCUUUCUAGACAGGCAGCCAGAAACGGUCGAAGGGGAUUACCAGCAAAUGCAGCAGGCUCUGAUUAAGGAGUUCUCUGACCCAGAGUCAGAGCAAGGACUGAUUACUGCCAUGGACCUUAAACAGGGCAGACAGGAAACCACACAGGCUUACUACAACAGGCUCAGACAGGCCUACUUCGGAGCACGAAACGAGCCAGGAAUGGAACAGGAUUUCAACUUCAAAACUCUGUUUCUCCGGAACCUGCACCCAACAGUGAGCCACCACUUGGGGGUUCUGGCUUGCCCACGGACUAUGUCCACCCAACAGCUGCGAGAUUUGGCCCACAAGGCCUAUGUUAAACAAAAGACUGUUUCUGAAAAGACAGGAAAAACCCCCACAAUCUAUCCUGUCACUAAUCAGAGCUCUGAACUUGCUCUAGAGGGCGCCGAGCCAAGCCACACUGACAAACCCGUCAACACAAUGUCAAGGCCCUUCCCAACCAGCAGAGAGCAGCAUGGCCAUGGUGGUGCCCGUCCUAAGCACCAGUAUGAGCGGCCCGAGAGAUCCUGGGACAGGUCACAACCACCCCUCAACCGAAGGGGUGGAGCCACAUGGGAAGCCAAGAGACGGCCCAAGGGGAACCGACACUCACAGACACAAGCACCGAGCUCGGACUGCCAGCAGCAGAACCCCUCUCAACAGGCCCUUGAUAAGCCCAAAUAUAAACCAUCCACAGAACAGAACCAGAAAGCUACAUCUGAAUCAGCAGAGAUCAUGAGACUUUUAAAGGAACUCCUCCAAGAAAAGCACCAUAAGGAAAAGAAAAGGGAUGAGUCAGACCAACUCUGACUAAGCAUUAGCUCUGACCCCGACACCCACUCAGAGUCCCCUCAAAAUGAACUUCCCAACCAGAUCACUGCUAAUCCACUGUUAACCACAGAACCAGAUAUCUCAUCACCAAGUGGUGACAUCACUCAACCACCUCAGCUGACGGUGGAACCGC